AAUUCCCAACAGGCUGAUCCACCAAAACCUGAAUUGAUACCGGUUCAAGAUGCAGUCGGUGUCACGGUGGUGAUAAUCACAUGCACAUAUCACGGUCAUGAGUUUGUGAGGGUUGGUUAUUAUGUGAAUAAUGAAUAUGCCGAGCCGGAGUUGAGGGAAACACCACCCGAUAAACCGGACUUUAAUAAGCUGACACGAAACAUACUGAGUAGCGCACCAAGAGUUACUAGGUUUAAAAUCAACUGGGACGACAGUGCGGGUACUUCUACAGCAGAUGGAGGACAAACAUAUGAAACUUUGGAAGAAAAUAUUCCACCUUCCCCCGAGGACGUACAACAUACAAUGGCUGAGAAUUCAAAAGAUUCAAUUUGUGCAAAUCGAGAUUCAAACGGGCCGCUAUCAUCAUCAGUACUGAACUCCGAAAACAUUAGAAAUACUUGUGAGCCAAGCACUAGUAAGCCGGUACCUGCCUGUUUUGAAAACUCUAUUGAUGCAAUGGAAGCUCAAAUGUUGUUAGAUUGAUUUUCAAUUAUUUGUUAUUACCUUCUGUUUGUGCAUUGUUUUGUAUCUUGAACAACAAACUGCCGAUACAUUUAAUCUUGAAAGCAAUAACGUUGAUUAAUUACACAUACAAUAACUUUCGUCUUUAUUAAACAGUUAAAAUUUUAUAUAUAGAUUCUGCAACUGUUUUUUUUUAAAGCAAUUCUGUAUUUCAAAAAACUUUUAGUAAAAUGGUCAGAAUUUA